ACAGUGGCUAUCAAGAAAAGGUCCAGAGUUCCCGGAGUUAUUAUCACUCAGUAUGUCGAGCAACUGCCGUUGGGAAAGUCCAUACCUGACUUCACCCGGAAGCCAAUGGCUACGACCGUUCAAGAAGGGAAAAAAGGACUUUUCAAAGCUAUGGUUAGUGGAGAUCCCGCACCAACUGUAACAUGGGGGUGUAAUAAGGGCGAGGUCGAUGACCCCAAAAAGUACAUCACCAGAUAUGAAGCAAGAGCUCAAGAGCACAUUCUUGAGAUACUCAAUGUAAAACCGGACGACGCUGACACCUACAAAUGCUUUGCGACCAACGAGUACGGACAGGCUGUCGCCACAGCAACUCUCACCAUUCGUCAAGUUGGCGUAAAGAAGAAGGCCCCGGAAGCAAAUGGACAGGAUUUCAGAAAAAUGCUUAAGAAAACAAAAAAACAACUCCCACCACAAAAAGAGGGAGAAAUUGAUCCUAAACUCUGGGAACUGCUCAUCAGUGCACCAAAGACGGACUAUGAAAGAAUCUGUUUUGAGUUUGGUGUUACUGACUUUCGCUGGAUGCUGAAGAGACUCAACCAGAUGAAAAAGGAAAGAGAAGAUGAGCAGGCAAAGGUUGUGGAGCAAGUGGGAAAUGUGAAACAGAUAGAAGUAAAACCCAAUGGGAGAGCUGAAUUUGGCUUUGACAUGAAACUACACGAUCCAAAUAGUGCAAUUAACCUUUACAAGGAUGGGACAAUGGUUCCAUACGACGACGACGAAAAUUCAAAACAUAGCCUGAAGAAAACAGGGACAAAUUAUAUCUUCAGCAUUAAAGAUCCUCAGCCGGAAGACGCUGGAUUUUACCAAGUUGACGUUGAAGAUGCAAACGUCCUUUCAACUGACUUUAAAGUGCCCGCUGUGGACUUCAUAGCCAAGAUUAGGGACGUGAAAGCCUUUGAAAGUGAGGACGCCAUCUUUCAGUGCGUCUUGUCAAAACCCCUGAACAGAAUUAACUGGUGCAAACAGGACUCAUCACUUGACCAUGGGGACAAAUAUGAGAUCACUGUCUCAGAGGACAAACUAAUUCACACACUGAAAGUUAAAGACUGUAAAAUGGCAGAUAAUGGAGCAUAUUAUGCCAUCGCUGGGAUAACUUCCAGCAGUGCUUCUCUCAAAGUGGAAGAUGACCUGAUCAAACUAGCGUUGGAACAGCAGGCCAAGCUACAAAAAGAGAAAGACAAUUUGGACGCAGCCAGACGAGCACAGGCUGAGAAGGACGCUGCACUGGGGGGUGGAGGAGAUGGUUCUGGUGGUAAGACUGAUGGAGACAAAGGUGAUGGAGACAAAGGUGAUGGAGUCAAAGGUGACGGAGACAAAGGUGAUGGAGACAAAGGUGAUGGAGACAAAGGUGAUGGAGACGGCAAGAAUAAGAACCUCCUGAUGGAUGGAGAUGAUGGAAAUAAAGAUGACGAUAAUGCAGAUAAGAAAAAGAAGCGAGUACGCGAUGGCCCUUUGGUUCCUGAUACGGUUAUAGAUCGUGGUGUUCAGUUCGUCAGUGGGCUGUCAGAUACUCUUGCUAAUGUUGGUGAACGGGCAGAGCUGUGCUGCAAACUAAGCAAUGAGACCUCAAAGGGACGUUGGUAUAAAAAUGGGAAGCUGCUAACCGAUGGGGAUGGGGUGAAAAUUAUCAAAGACGGAGCCUGUCACAGGUUGAUAAUUGACUGCUGCACAAAAGACGAUGCAGCCGAGUACCGCUUUGAAGCUGAAGGCCGUAAAUCAGAAGCAACGCUGAAUAUUCAAGAUCCACCAAAAAUUGACACUGACGCACUGGGGAAUUUUUCAAAGCCAGUCAUCAUAAAAGCAGGGGAAAACGCUGAAUGGAAGCUGCCGUUCUCGGGUGGGGAACCGAUGACUAUACAGUGGUACAAGGACGAUGACGAGCUUUUGCCUGCUGCAAAUGUCAGGAUUGACACGUCAGCUGCAGAGAGCAAACUACGCCUUUUAAAGUGUCAAAGGAAAGACAGUGGAGAGGUCAAAAUCAAAAUCAAAAAUGAAUUUGGGACAAUUGAGGCAAUUUCAAAACUGAUCGUACUGGACAAACCCACACCGCCACAAGGACCUGCGGACAUUAUGGAAAGUGCUGUAACAUCUGUUGAGUUCAAAUGGAAGCCCCCGAAAGACAGUGGUGGAUGCCCAAUCACACACUAUAUCGUAGACCGCCAACAAGUGGGGCGCAAUAAAUGGUCAAAUCUGGGUGAAAUCCCUGGCGACAACCCGAGUUACAAAGAUUCAGAUGUGGACCCUGGAAGGAGAUACUGCUACCGGAUCAGAGCCAAAAACGCAGAAGGCAUCAGUGAUUACCUGCAGACUGAGGACAUACCAGCUGGUGUAUUACGUUAUCCAGGAUCACCAGCAGCACCUAAAGUGGUCAGUGCCUUAAAAGACUGCAUCAAUCUGGCAUGGUGUCCUCCAUGUGACACAGGAGGAACCAAAAUAGUGGGAUACAAUUUGGAAAAGAACAAGAAAGGCACCAAUUACUGGAGCCUUGUGAACCAAGGAGGGCCCAUUACAGAUACAAAGUAUGCAGUGAAAGAUGUUUUUGAGGGAGCAGCAUAUGAAUUCAGGGUGUCUGCUAUCAACCUGUCUGGUGCUGGAGAUCCUAGUAUUCCAUGCGACACAGUAAUCGCAAGAGAUCCAAUGAAGCCCCCGGGCAAAGUCACAGACCUCAAGUUAACAUCCUCAAAUUAUACCACAUUUUCACUGGCUUGGACUAAACCUAAAGAAAUUAAAGGGGUAGAGGAUGAAGCUCAAGGCUACUACGUGGAGAUCAGACCAAUAGAAAUCCUUGAAUGGACGCGUUGUAAUGCCAUGCCAAUUACUCUGACUUCCUACACCGUGCUCGGUUUGAAGGCAAUGGCGUCCUACUGGGUCAGAGUGAUUGCCACCAAUUAUGGCGGUGACGGAGAACCUCAAGGCUUUGACAGUUACAUCAUCGCCAUGCCCCCUCCUGUUAAGCCAAAGUUUAAAGAUCGCAACAUGAAGACCUUUGUGGUGGUGAAAUCUGGAAACACAGUCCGUCUGAACAUCAACUUUGAGGCGUCGCCCAUGCCAGAGAUCAUUUGGCUAAAAGAUGCUACUCCACUGGCCAAACAUGUAACUAUUACCAACUCUGAUAAAGGCUCUCAGCUGUUGAUCCCGACAUCUGAGCGGUCUGACAGCGGCAUCUACACCAUUACUGUCAAGAACAUUGUCGGCCAAGACAGCUUCAAUGUUGAAAUCAGAGUUACAGAUGAUCCCAGGCCUCCGGGUCCAGUGGAGCUGGAUCAGAACACCCCGGGAACAGUGACUCUGUCCUGGACGCCCUCUCCAGAUGAGAAGAGGGACGACAGACUACACUACAUGGUAUCCAAGCGGGACUCCUUCAAACGCACUUGGAGGACAGUGGCAGACAACCUCUUCAACAACAAGUUCACAGUUGUGAAUAUUUUGCCUGGACGUGAAUAUAACUUCAGGGUGUUUGCUAAAAAUGACAUGGGCCCUUCAGCACCUUCUGAAUCGCCUGUUUUUGGAACCACAAAGGAAAAAGGAAAGUUCAAGGUAAACAUGCCAGAGGCAAAAUCCCUCAACUUCCAGUCACCUCCAUCGUUCAUCGUUCCCCUCAAGAUGCGCACAGCGCCGCAGGGUUACGAGUGCAACAUGAGCUGCGCAGUUAAAGGCGAUCCAGCUCCACGUGUGACAUGGUACCGCAACAAUAUCAGCCUGAACACAAACACCAACUACCACAUCACCAACGUAUGUGGAGUCUGCUCCUUGCUCAUCCUGAGAGUCGGACCCAGAGACAACGGCGAGUACAAAGUCGUCUCCGAGAACAAACUGGGGACAGCCGAGUCGUCUAUGACGCUGAAUGUCAGAGGUAUUAACACUUAUACACACAAGUGA